CUGACGUAUCGCGUAGCUUUUUUUCAAUUUGGCGGUCUGUCCAUCCCCGUCAGCCAGGCAGUUUGCGCCCAUCUGUUCUCAUCCAGCAUGACGUGGGGUGCGACGAAGGAGGUCGAGCGGUCGAACGUCUUCGAGGAGAUCCCGAAGAUGCUCAAA